CGCCGGGCGGCGAAAACGCGUUUUUAAAAAACUCAAUUCCAAUCAUUCCUGACAUUCCGAUCCACACUGUUGAAACCGCAGUGCACACGCACACACGCACACACGUACGCGCAUACAUACACACGGCGGACGGCGCGCGCGCACGUACACUGCCGUAUUAUUGUAUAGUGACGUUCCCCGAACGCGGGACACCACAACCGAAUCCGUCCGAGAACAGGUAAGUCCUUCUCGUUGCUGGAUUGUCGCGGCCGCCACCCGGGAGUACUGUGUUUACUCCGUAUAAUAGCGAUUGUAUUCAAAUAAUUGUACUCGCACUGCACAUUCACGUACCGCCAACUCGACUGACUACGACGACGACGACGACGACGGCAAAAUCGAAUAUCGAGUUCAAUCGAUUACGUUUCUAUUGACCGUGUGCCCCGUGGUGUCCUGUUUGCGGGCCAGAACAGGGAACAUGGAAAGCGAAUCGCCUUUGGAAGUACUGUCCAGGGCGGCUACUAUGCUGCACAGGGAAGAGACGGCCGCGGAAUCGCCAUACGCCAUCGCCAGUGAGUAACCAAGCACCGUAAAUAUACGUAAUAUUAUUAAUUGUUAUUAUUGAUGGGAACCGAUGAGAUACCACGCGACACGUCGGUGAAAAAUCGAGCGUACGGAACGCACGCUGGACGAAUAUCGAGCGGUCGUUUUGAUAAUAUUAUUAUAAUUUCCCUCCGGGCCGCUCGGAGUACGAUGACGGCGACGACGACAAGCGCGCGCGCCGGAUUCCCCGAUCGUUAUCGGUCCGGUCGAUUUCUCCUGCCGGCCGUCGGUUCGGUUGCCUAUGUACGGCGCCCGACCAGUUUUCUGUGUACGCCGCACGGGUUGAAAAUCUAUCUGCCACUCCGCCGCCGUUUCCUACCACACCGACGACGCCGUGCCGUCGCUAAUACCCACACCGCGAUUUACGCGACGAAAGAGGGUAACCCGAGUUUUCCUCCUGUUCACACUGGCGUCCGUCGCAGCGCAGCGUUGUCGUCGAUCGUCCUCGUACCACUGUAACAGCGGCACCGUUCGAGUUUUCUACAUACCGUUUUUGUAUCGACAACCCGAGCUUUUCCUUGUUACUUGACCGAAGUACAUAGACUUCAAGGUUAAAUUACCGAAUAUGUACUUGUAGUCGUUGUACAAAGGAGGGGUAUGGCCCCUAACCUCCCUUCUCCUGCGCACGUCGUUGCGAAUAAAACAAUAACCUUGUACUUGUACUAAUGUAGUACCUGCUCAAAUCGUUCCUAAGAUUUGUUCAGACCGACGCCGACACUACCCAUGGCCAAAAUAUAAGUUGUACGGAGGUUAUAAGAAAAACGUUAAAACAUGUUUGACGUUUCAUUACACCUUUCGAGUUUUGAAUGCGCCAAUCUUAAAAAAACACUCGUGUGCGGCGGAUCUCCGUCAUUAAUAAAAUUCAAUUUCCCCCACCUAUUUUGUUUUUAAAAAAUAUUCUUCGCAUAAAACAUCAAAUAUGAAAUUUGAAAGUCCCCAAAAGUACAUCAUCAUGUUAAGUACAUCAUGCAUAUACAAAAUUUCAUCGGGGAUGGGGAUUUUCAAAGCUAAAAAACUACCCUCCCCCCGCAACAACACGGUGAAAUUCAACCCACUUUGUUCUGCUUGUAUAAAACAACUCUUUGAUUCCCGAGUUUGAGAUCAUUUUGGUCGAGAAAAAAAAUCACUCGUGUUCGAUCCGAAUUGGAAUUUGUUUUUUAUUUUUACAAUAUAUUAUUAUAAACGAACACGUUACCGCACCACAGUCUUCGCGGGUACCUAUACUAUAAAUAAUUGUUGCGCGAUAUACUCAAUGGUCAAUAAAAACGCACGCCGUCACUAUAGUAUGUGUUUUUUUUUUUUUUUUUAAUAUUAUAUGAAGUCGGUCAAACUUAUAAAACAAAAACAUAUUUCGGAAUAUUUAUUUUGUAUGGCAAAUGAUAAUACUAUUAAUUAUUGUUAUUAUUAGUCGAGUAUAAGUAACUAUAAAUUAGUUUGCACAGCAUAGUAAAAUACAAUUAUAUGUGCUUACAUUUCAAAACACGAUGAAAACAGUAAUAGGUCGAUUUCUAUUCGAUUUGCUUGUUAAAUUCGGCGCCUAUACCACUACUAUACAUUAACAGAAUUCUAAUUUCAAAAACUUUCGUUUUAUUAAAAGCCCGAUGAUAGUAUUAUGUGAAUAGGCUGAUUUAACAGAGAUAGGUGUCAUUAGGUAUUAGAAAUCGCGUACCUUAAACCUAUCUUAAAGAUGAAUAAUACCGAAUUUCCCUAUCACUAUCACGGAACCCAAGGUCAAUCCCAAAUCCGCACUAUAGAAAUCUACAGUUUGUAAUGUUUAAAAUCGUCUCGAUAUUUUAGUAAUCAAAUUAAAUGUUCAUAAGUUUGACGAUUGGGGAUAUGAUAAAUAUGCAAAAUUACCUAUGUUCAUCUCGUUUGACACUGAUAAUAAAAUAUAAAAAUAAAUUGAAAUAAUGCCAGUCUAAAGAUAUGUACGUAUAUAUUUAACCUACAAAAUAUAUAUUAAAUAUAGAAUUGUUUUCACAGAAAUAAUCAGAACAAUCAAAAUUAAAUACAUUUUAAUAUUUUAGGCAAUUAAUUAAAAUUUAUUAAUUAUAAUAAAUAACGAUAAGUAUGUAUCUUAAAUAGCUUAAAAAUUAUCGAAAAAUGUUCUCAAAAAUGUCUUCUAGCGAAGUAAUACCAUUUAACUAUUUAUACGAAAAUCGGUGAAAAAUGCGAAAUGCGAAUUCUACUUUUGUAGUUUUUAUUUGUUUAAGCCCGGGUAACACAGAACAACCGUUAAUAAAGAUGAGAUAAAGACGUCAUAGAAAUCAGAACGAUUGAAAUCUGUAUUGAUGAAGAAUACGUAAAAUAUAAAAAUUAAUAUUUCUGAAGAUAAUGUUUUUUGAUAACAAUAAUAAUAAUAACUUAUUCAACUCAAAUAAUGAUAAAAUACAAUUUCAAAUUAAUAUUUUAUAAAUAAUAUAUGAGUUGAUUACUUACCCCUCUCUUUAAGCAAUCUUGUGGCGAGAGGCGGUCAUUUUGGUUUUAAUUACCUACAUUUAAACCUUUUAAUUGCUUACCCUAUUAAUUCGUAUAACAUAUAAACUAUAUUGGUAUGCAACUAAAAAAAAAAAAAAAUACAAAAUAAUUGUUUCACUUUUGAAGUAUCUGUUAAAUGGAUCGAAAUUAUGUACUUGGAAAGCAUUUGAUCGCCCGAAGAAAAAAAUGCUCUUUGCGUUGAAAUCCGGUACCUGGUGAUGAGCAUGAACAUUAGUCGAUAUCGUAUAUCACCUUAUAUUGAUGAUGUCGUAAUAUCGGAUAUCGGGUUUAUUUCUCCAAAAUCGAUAUAUUCGUAGGAAACCCGUCUUUGGAGUAUGAAAAUGAAUUUACAUAUAACUUUUCAAAGGCGAUUUCAACAGUUUUCUACCAGUGUGUCGGUUAAUUUCAGUAACUAUCGGCCAAUCGUGUGCGCGGUUUUCAAUCUCAAAUAUCAGAUCGGUUAUCGGUUUUAUUGUACAGCUAACCGAUUAGGUCGGGUUAUCGGAUAUCUGAAAAGUCUUAUCGUCUUAUAUAAUAAGGACGUGAUUCGUUUUACGAAACACGACAAAUGCAUAAUAUUCAAAAUUGAAACUAAUUUAUAAUGGGUAAUAAUUUCAAUUAUAUAUAUGGAUAAAUCAUUGUUCCUUUUUCUUCUUUUCAAAUAGUUAUCAUUUUCGUCUAUAAACCUGCAAGCAAAUGGUUUUACGAGAAAUGUCAACGCAGGAUUCGAUUGACCCAAAAAAAUCCACUGCUCAUCGGCGUUAUUUUUGUUUAUGUGUUAUACAAUUUGAACUAGUCAACGUAAAUAAUAUGAUUAUUGACGAUAAAGGAAAUCGUCAAUAUUGUUUACCACGGUGACAUGUAGAUUGCGUUGUGUGUUAUUCGAAAAACAAAUAAACGCAUCGAUUAAUCGCCAUAGAGGGGAUAUUAAAAUGUAUACGACUAGAGGGGUCAACGCGUACACAUUAUAUUUUAUUAUAGUUGCACGGUUACACCUUCAGUAGGCGUCAGUUUGAGACGUUAAUAAUAUUUAGUUAUUUUAUUGUUCCGUAGAAAGUUACAUAGGACUGUCCUUAGCCAUUGUACCUACACAUAACAUAAUACAUAAUAUUAUAAAAUGCAUAAUAAUAUUUAAUAUAUUUUAGAAAAAUUACUGUGCUCAAUUACUAUACGGCUAUUAAAUUAAAUCGUAUAUUUUAAAUCGAAAUGCCCUUGUUGAAAAUAAAAAAUAAAUCAUUAUAUUGCAUUUAUUAUUUAUAGUAUAAUACUAUUCAAUAUGAAAAACAGAAAUUAUUUUCUAUUUAGAAUUAGUUAUUUUUUUCCGUUAAUAAUAUGUAAUAUACCGGGUGGUCCAUUUAAGCGGGUACACAAUAUCUCGGAAAGUAUUAACUUUUUCGAAUUUUUAUUUUAACAGUUUUAGAACAAGUAGUUCUUUUAUAAAGGCGCGUUUACAAGGGAGGAUUUUAGGGGUUAAUCCCCCACCCCUCCCUUCCUAAAGUGGUUUUUGUCAACGAGGAAGAUAAAAACAAAUUUGGUUUUAUUUUUAUUUUACUACUAUAUAGUAGGUAUAUGUAUAUAUAUUGUUAUUAUUGUCAUUUCUAAUUUUUUGUGGUUCUCCUACUUUUAGAAAGCUAUAACUGAUACGGCGAUAAUGCAUAUUCCAUAUUAUCAUCAUAAUAAUAUAAAUUACGUUAUCAUUUAGGCUGUAUUCACUAAAAAAAUACCAAUGGUAAAAUUUAGUAAUAGGUACCUAAAAAGCUAAAAAUGAAUGUUUUGACAUUUUUAAUGAAAAAUAAAUAAUCUUACAAUUGAAAGUAGGUAAACUUCUUUGUUAUAGGAGUAUGAAAGUGCACAACCUUAACUCCCUCUCCAUUAAUUGAGGAAUUAAUUGUAGGUGCAAAUAGGGGGCUUAACCCCCCCCCCAAAAAAGUCAUAGCCCUCCCAAGAAAUCAAUAAAUGGUUAAAAUACAAAUUCUGUCUGUUUGAUUUAUAUAUGGAUAGCCCCCCCCAAAAAUUUUAAGCUUAGUUGCGCCUAUGAACCUCUCCCCUGAAAUAUUUUUUUUGUAAACGCGCCUAGUGCACAAUGAAAAAUCAAAAAAGUCGAUACCAAAAUGUAUUUUAACUAUAAAUACUUCAUCUAUUUACGGAAUUGUUUAAUAUAUGUUGUUAUUUGAAAAUCAAAAGUAAGUAGUAUAGUUUCACCCUCAAAAAUAAGGAUGACAAAAAUAAUAAUAAUGUAUUUUUAGAGCUGCUAGUUUCUUUAAUGUUUAAAAAUCAUUUUUUUGAAUAGAUGAUACUUUCUGAUAUAAUGAGUGCACCCACAUAAAUGGAUCACCUGAUACAUAAAUAUAUAUAUAUUUGUAUUUUAUAAAAUUGCGCACAGACGUCCAAUAUACAGGAAAAACAUUAAAGUAAUAUAAUUACAAAAACUUGACAAUAAAUGAUACGCCCCCAUUUGCGGAACGUUUCAUCCGUUCGGGUGGUAUGACGUGUAGAGAGAGGUAAUUUGAAAAAAUCGAUGGGUCUGAUACAAUAAAAAGAGAUGGAAAAUUAUCGACAAGGGAUAGUAAAAAAAAUCAAUUUAUCUUAUCGGAGAUGAGGUUUGAAACGAAUAAAAGAAACACCUUAUGCUUAUAGUUCGACAGGUUGCAGAGCAAAAGGACCUAAUAUACUAACUGGAGUGUAAUAAUACUCCCCACGUCUGUUCGGUUUCAAUAUUUUGAUGUUAUUUUUCCCACGGUCUUCCCGUCCUAAACGCGGUAUAACUAACGGUAUUUUUCCAAUCGGAUAUUUAACAAGGAAAUAUUAUCAAUGAACCCAUAAAUAUUCAAUGUUAGGUGAUAAUAAAAUAUUUAAUGACCAUUUCUUUUUUUUUUUCAAUUUCUUUGUAUGAUUCACCAACUAUAUGACUAAUAUUUAAUGAGCUUCUCAAAUUACAAAACAUUUAAUAUCCAAUUAUUAUUUUUAAUUAUCAAAAUAACCGUAUAUACGACGUAUAUACCUAUACGACCUAUAUGUAUUAUUUUUUUUGUUUUAACGUAACAUUAUACAAUUAUUUUUUUUUUUUUUUAAUGAUUUUUGAUUUUUUGGUCAAUAUAGUUGAUUUAAUCAAUAUUUUAGUUUUAAUAUUUUUAUUCCAAUUAGUAAUUAAUCAUGAAUAUUUUAAAGGCAGUCAAAAGAUCAAAAACAGAAAAUAAUUGAAUAUUUUACGUUAUAACUUAUUAACGAGUAUAAUUGGUAUUUUUUCAAACGUUCACGUUCCGAUCCAUAAAAAUACAUUAUAAUUAUAUUAAUCAAUGUUAAUUAGUCAAUAUAAUUAUUUCUAUACGCAUACCUUCUAUAAUAUUCUACACAACGUUACACAUCAAUUUGCAAUUUGCAUUAAAAAGCGAUUGAACGGAUUAUAAUAAAUUUAGAAUAAAUACUUUUAAUCCGUAAACCGAUUAUUAAAUCCAAUUAUGAUUUUAUCAAAAGUGGAGGAAAAAAGUAAAUAUAAUAUAUUCCAAUAUUCCGGGUAAUGAGAACAAUUUGAAACGUGGUUUAGAUGUUCAAAAUGGUCAAACGAACCGACCACGCGUAUUGUAUUUUUUUAAUUAGGUAAAUCGAAUUUUGUAAUAAUUCAGAUCUAUAGCCCGGUGUUCGGAUUGAUCCAGAUUUAGUGUUCAGCACUAAUACUUACAACAAUAUAUAAUAAUAAAUCAUAAUAUAAAAUAAUAAUAAUAUCAUUUAUAAUAUGAAUAAGUCAAAACAUUAAUUGUUGUUGUGUUUAUAUGCUUUUUUUUUUUUUUUUGGUUAUGCGUGUAAACAUAAUUUAAAGAAAGAACACCACUAAGUACAGUUGUUUGAAAAACAGGAUGUAAGAAAUAAUAACAAUAAUUCAAUUAUAAAAAAAGAUAUAAUUUUAUAUUAUUGUAUAUAUUAUAUUGUCAUAAUAUUAUUCAGUGGCAUGGCGAAGGGGUUUUCAAUACGCCUAAAGCGUUGUGGCUAAAAUUGGGUGGGCGGAUGUAAUAAGAACUUCAACAAUAGGCAUUUGGUUAUAAUAAAUAUCAAUAAAUGAAUGUUUUUCCUGGAGAAAACCAUAGGAAGUCAAUUGAUCUCCAUUAUUAACCGUUGAAUUAAAUCUAAAAAUAAAAAAAAAUAAAUUUAAAUCUCAAAUACCAAAUUUUAGCCAGACCACUGGAAGCAAAAAUUUGGUGUCCAUUUUUUUUUUACACCACCUUAUAGGCAUGCAUAAAGAGGGUUAAAAUUAGGUUGGAAUAUUUGCUAACUGGUGACCAUGAGUUUAUAAAAUAAUUUAUGUUCCGCUAAUUGCAGACUUAAGGACAUUUGCCCAAGCGGAUAACAAUAAAAAAAAAUAAAAUACAAGUGAGGGGUAUUUUAUUGAGGGGGCAAGGUACUAAAAUAUAUGCUGUGCAUCAUUAUUAAUAUAAAUGUUCGCCACGCCACUGAUGUCAUUUGUCAUUAUGUUCAAGUAUGUUUCUUCUAUUAUUAUUGUUUUUUAAAUUAUAUUCGCUCGGAUACUAUAAUAAUUACACCUGCACAUAGCAAAUAAUAUUAUGUAAAGUAUUAAAAAAAAAAAAAAUUAUAUAAAUAAUUGAUUGAAAUAUAUUAUAAACUUCCGUAUGCACAACAAAAAAAUUAUCAUUUUAAAUUGAAUGCAAUGAUGACAUUUAAUUGUUUUAAAAUCAUUCACUUAUAAAAUAUACGUUAUUUAUAUCUGUCUAGACAUAUUAUUUCAUAUAUGUUUCUAUUUCAAAUAAUCUUCAUAAUCUUUUUUCUUCUAAAUAAAUAUCACAUUUUCUACGAAAAUACGAUCACAGAAAUCAUUUUUUAUUAUUAUUAAAUCGGGGUAGCAACAAGUCAAAUGACUGUAGUAUACCACACGUCCACUCACCAAAUAGCACCAAACUAGCAUUAGAUCAGCUAAAUUAUAUAAUUACUAACUUGUACAGGUUAUUUCUCAACGAUUUCUAAUAACAUGUGUAGGUAUUCUUAGGCCAACACUACUUGUUAAUUUAAUAAAUAAUUAAUAUUAAGUACAAGUAAUUAAUAAUCAUCUGUACAGGUAUUUAAUGCAAUACAUAUGUAUUAUGUCGUACACUAACGUAACAAUAUUGAUGGUUUUUUUUAUUCGAGAUGUUGCUCCAUGGUCCAUGAUGUUUACGAUUAUGAUUUUACAGAAUCGUAAUAUACCUAAUUAUUGUAGUCGUAAAUGUAUAAAUAAAAUUAUAAUCUGCGUGUUGACCUUUUUAUUGUUUUUUUCGAACAUUUCGAUACGGCGUACAAAUGAUAAUAACAUAAUAUUAUAAACAUUAGCUGGAAUCGUUCGAUUUCGAAUCGUUUGUUUUUUAUAUUAUUUUUUAAUCCGCGAUAAUAUAUUUAAAUCGAUGCCAACUGGCCCGCAUUUUACAAUAUAAUGAACAGGGAACAAGAUGAAUAAUAAUCAUUUUUAAAGACGAUAUAAUGAUAAUCUAGAACAUUAUGGUGAUGACUGACGAUGGUUAAUGUGGUUCGUAUUUAUAUAGAAAAUAAUGAUUUAAAUCAGUUUUAAAAUAAUAUUUAAACCGGCGAUUUUAAAGCGACAAUAUAAUGUUAUAAUAAUUUUACAAGUAAAGCGUCAACGUAUAAUUAUAAUAAUUUCGGUUCUAGGAAAGAAUGGCCUAAGUCGAUUUUUGAAAUUAUUAUUAUUAUUUUUUUAUAAUUUCGUCUAACGCAAUUUGUUUCUUUUUAUUUUUUGUUGAAAAAACCAUAAGUGAUACAUGUACUUUAAAAAUAGUUAGUGUACAAUGUAGUGUAUUAGUUUAUGUAUAAUCGUAUGUAUUUUAUUUUUAUUUUCAAUUUUCUCGCAUACAUUGAAAACUAUACAAAAUUGACCGUAGCUAUUAAUUUCACCACAAAAUAAUACUACUUACAGAUAGUAGCGAUUGAAUUAUUAAUGCGGAAAAUGCAUUAAUAUGUAUCGCUUGUUCUUCGCGGUGUAUAAUAUUACAAUACAACUACCUGUACACAUUUUAAUAAUAAAUCUCGGACGCGACGAGAAUAAUGUAUUAUGCACCUAAAUUAUAAAUCUUAUAUGCUCGAAAGAACUAAUUUUACUAAUUAGGUAUGGGUACCUAUACUUGGUUUCAUAUAAUAAUUUUAAAAAAUAAUACUAAUCCAUGCGCGAGAUGUUGGUGGUUACAGGGCAACCGAGAAAUAGGCGUACACUAUAUAUUAUUGUACCUAAUAUAUUAACGUUUUAUAUUAGUACGACUUUAGUAACGAUUUUUUCUUUCGGUAUAAAUUGUAUAAGGUCGGUCCGAAAGUUGUGUACAAACAACACCUCUCAUAUAUUAUUGUUUGGACCAUAGUUGAUAUUUUUUUUUUUCCAACGAAUAUUGUGACUUAAAAUUUAAACGCAACCGGUUAUUAUAUACUCGUAUCGCAUAUUAAUUAUUAUGCUAAUGGAUUAGAAUAUCUUAAAUCGUGGGUUUUUUUUUUUUUUUGACUAUCUCAUAAUAUACCGACGCAAUAUGUUUGAUAUUCAUUCACAUUAUUUAAAAAAAAAACAUAAAUAAAUAAAUAACACCCAAUAGGUAUAAUGUGUAUAGUUAUUCUAAAAUGUCCAGUUAUUCGAAACCAUUAUAAAUUUCGUCUCCGCGGAAAAUACCGUCUAUAAUCUAUGUCAUAGUUACCACUCGGGUUUCAGUGAACGUUUUUUUUUUUACAUUUUUUUUCCCAUCGUAGUUUUUAUUUAUCCGCGCACAUUAAUUAUACACGAGACGGAUAUUUUUAUUUCAUCCCACAGUUUCCGAUCGACCGGCUUUUCCCGGGUGAAAGCGUUCGGAUAUUCCGACGUGUUGCUGUACGUAGCCUACGUUUUUUUGUUGUCGCCGUUUUUCUUUUUCCUCUCCGCGCUCCCGGUAGUUUUAACUGUUUUCUCGUCGAUUUUCUCGCGCCGGCAACGACUGCUGCAAUAACACUGUGCUGUAGUGUCGCAAUAAUUCGAGCGCGUACAUCGCGCGAGUAAAAGAUUUUUCGCUGAUUAACGAUGACUGUAAAUCGAAACGAAAAACUAGAGAGAAAAAAAAAAGUAACCCAAUCAAACGAAAAUUACUUAGGUACCUAUAUAAUGAUUUCUAGGUGCCUGCAGAAUAAUUUAUAAUAAUAAUCCGACCGUCAAUUGUUUCGCACGCGAUUUUCCGCGAAUAUAUAAUAUACCUCCUACACGAAAAAACAAAUCGCAAACUUUCUAAAAUAAUAUUUGUUUGCGAUUUUUUUUUUUUUUUUGACAAAAAGAACCUCUCGGCACGUAGUAUAAUAGUAUAUAAUAUGUAUACGAGUAUUCGAAAUAUUUUGAGGUCAAAAUCUCGUCCAUAUAUUAUAUGUAUAUAUAUAUAUAUAUUUACAUAAAUAUUACAGUGGGGGGGGGGGGAAGAAGAAGAAAAAAAAAUAAAUAGAAUGCCAAAUAUUUUUUAGUCUUUUACGUCGACUGAACAAUUUAUGCGAGUAAAACGCGCGUAGCCCGUGCCAAACAACAACCGAAACAAUAAUAUUAUAAUUGUACCGACACAAUAUCCUAUCCGUUUUCAAGUUUAAAAGUGCACGCCGCCGCCUCUGCAGUGCGCGUAUUAUUUAAGUAUUUACUGUGUGUAGGUAGGUACUUCGGGCCCCCCCCGACUAUGGAGUACAUAAUACACUUUUGGACGUCGUCCAAAUUACCGAAGAGAUAUAAACAAAAUGUUUAUAAUAUAGUAACCGUGUGUUGUUAUUACGAUGCGUACAAUGUUUCGCUUAGUCACCGCGAAGUGGACAUCGUCGGUGAAUAUAUUAUUAUAAUACCGAAUCAAAAUAUACCAUUGCGUUAUUUCGUAUAUUACGAUCGUCGAUGCGAGAUCUGACAGAUUUGACGAUAUUGCUACAUACAGGUGCACGCUUUCAGGCAUAGCCGUAACUACAGGGGGACCAACGUCCUCUCCUCUAGAAUUUCAUUCGCUGCCCCUGACAAACACAAUAACUGUCAACGAAAUGUAUUUAUUAAAUUUUACAGCGUUCGUUAUUUUUUCCAGUUUACAUCGAAAUGACCGAUGAAAAAAUAAAAGUGAGCCGUCCCCAGAAAAAUUCUCUGAAUUCAACACUGGUCGUAGGUUCCUAAGAGCCAAAAUCUUAGAACCACGAUUUAAAAAUUCUUACGUAUCGCUUAAAAAUUAAAGUAUCCAGAAAAAAAAAACAACGCGGUUCGGCGUAUAAUGGUCUUGUCCUUAAGUUUCUUGACAACAGGUCAAGUCACUGUAAUAAUCAAAAUAACAGCUAACGUAAAAUUGCUAAACGUUGUGCGUUUGUAAGACGAGGACUGCAGUAAACGUGGGUGUGGUGACCAAUUAAGGUACGUCUUCUACGGAUUGGUUUUUCGUGCGGGAGAUUUACGCAAUAAAUUUGACAUAUUCUAAAGGAAAAUGUAUGGGAUUUACUUUAUUGCCCACGUAUAUAUUUUACGGACGAAUGGAGAAGACUAUGACUGUUGUAUACAUAACGAUCAACUUGAAAACGCUUUUCAAUAGUCGCAUAUAUUAUUAUUAUUGUAUUAUACAUAUAGUAAAGUGGAUUAGAAAAAGAAUAUUGCUGUGGGCGGGGGACGUGUCCGGCGUAAAUAUAGCUCGAUGUUAAAAAGAGCGAUCGAGGAGGACCUCCGUUAUAGUAUAGGAGGCCUGUAGAAAGUUUGCGCUUAAUAGUGGGAGGCCCGUGUGAAAAGAGAUGUAAAGCGAAUGGUGGAUGUGAACGAUCGAUGGAAGGAAGACAGAUCGCAAUGAGUGUAUCUAAAGCGGUAAAGUCUCUUAACUGAUCGAAACCAUAAAAAAAAUAUCGACGUAUAAUCAGUGGGUAUUUUUGUAGACAGUUUUCUUCUCUUUCAUGUUCAUCCUGUUUGUUUUUUCGGACAGAAGAUUUUUCGAAUUUUGAAGAUUUUUUUGUUGUUAAAUACGUAAACUCGUUAGGUCUGUGUUUUGCACUCGAAAACCAAUAAUCCUGCCCACUAUACUCUUGCACUCAGUGGCGGAACCGGGUCUUGAUUUUUUGCGGGAAGGAAAGGGGAGGUAUAACCAUUUAUAACAGUAAGAUCCCGGUACACAUUUAUAUCUCAAUACGAGAAAAAAUUUACUAUAGUACAUAUUUUACUUAUUCGUCACUACUUACACCUAAUAAUAAGGUUUCUCGUAUUUAUCUACGAGUAUAAUAAUUAUUAUAUAAUGUUUUUUACAGUUGCAUAUGAUUAACUACAUUUUAAAACGUUAUAAUGUGUUUUAUUAUAUACAAAGAAAAAAAAAUACGAAAUAAUAUUCCAAUUAAAACACCGACUGGAACAUAAAAAAAAAAAAAAAAAUCGAAAUUAUAAUUUAAGAAUAGCCGGCGUUAUAUUUAUUUUAUUAUUUUCAUGUCGUGAACAAGAGAUAACCAUUGUACUUGUAGCCAUCAUAUUAUAGCCUUUCAUUGUAUAAUAUUUAUGACUGCGGUGCACAUACUAUAUCGUAUAUUAUUUUUAUUAUUAUAAGUUCAGUACACUAUAGAAUAUUGUUCGUUAUUUUUAUGUCGGCCGUUUAUUUAUUUCUAAAAUAUGAUUCACCGCCAUAAUAUACUAAUCGGUAUGUCCAUUAGCAUUUUCUUCGUAUAUUUAUCUAUGAUGUACAACUGCAGCAAAGUAUUAACCGUGUAUACCGCAGAAUUAAUAAUUGCGCGGACUGCCCGUCUUGUCAUACGUAUUAUCUUCAUCAUUACAAGAAAUAAUAUUCCAAUAUAAUAAUAAUAUUAAUGCGGUUUUUAUUUUUGAAAAUUACUCAAACGAUUACAAUUUAUAGUAUUUAUAAUAAUGAUGGGUGUAAUUUACGUGUCUAUAAUACAUACGCGUAUAUAUAGUAUUACUAUACUCGUCAUAGUAUAAUAUGUUAAACGGUGUAUUAUAUUAUUAUCGAAACAUUUCGAGUUCUUUAUCAAUUACUAUAGAAAAAAAAAUAAAAAAUAAAUAAAUGUGUGUUGGUAUAGUAUAUAAUAUAUUGGAUUACAAAAUAUAUUAUGCAUAAUAGCCGGCGGUGCGUAAUAUCAAACCGCAUAUUAUAAUCGUACAAUUUAGGUAAAUUAAAUAGGUACAGCUUAUGUUUUACUCGCGUAACUAUAUGUUAUACUAAUUAUAAUAUUUUAAUCCUAUCGGCUUUUAUAUGUACUGCAUAUUAUUCGAACGGUACAAUCGUCUAUCUCGAGUAGGUCCCCUGCGUGAGUAUGUACAUGGUUUUCGAAAAUAUAUAAUAGAUAGGUACCUCGUCUUGUUUAUAAUAAUAAUAUUGUGUUCAAUGCAACAUAAUAUUGUACUGUAUAGUUAAUACAUUAUGCAUAAUGCAUUUGAAUAUUCAUUUUGAAAUCGUUCGUCCGCCUGACGAAUAUUAGACGAAUAAUAAUCGACACUAUGCGAGUAUACACUUUGUCGUGCGUUCAGUGACAAACCACGCGUUUUGUCGUCUCUGGCUUGGAAACGCUUUAUUACGACGUGAAACUUGUGCUUGACUUGGGGAAAAAAUAUUAGAGGGUGCUCUAGCUACUUUAAAAAAAGUAUUUCAAUAUCUCUCUUACCGAAGGGGGGGGGGCUUUUCCCUCUCAUAUCUCCUUUUACAAGAAGAAACAUUAAUAUAAAACCGUUAAACACGUAUCAUAACAAAAUAGAAUAAUGUAUAAUAAUCAUUUCAUUUUAUUUUAUUAUCACUUUUCAUUUUUAAACAUCUUCAUUUAAAAAAUUCUUCCAUAGAGAAUAUUGAACACUGGGUUACACGAGAUAAUUGCAUGUUUAUGACGCUAUAAGUCAGUGGUUACUGGUCACCCGGAUUUAUAGCUAACGAAUGGUUAUCAUUGAUUGAGAACUUAUCAUUUAUUACGUAUCAGAUAUCAAUACAUUUUGUAAAUAUUAGAACAUUUUUUAAGAUAUAUUAUAUAUAUAUAUAUAUAUAUAUAUAUUUAUUUAACACGAAAAUUCAAGUUGAGCGAUUUUACAAACAUAGGUGCCUAAGCUUAAAUAAUAACUAGUCCCAUACGUUUUCUUUUAACAAAAAAUAGUAGGGGUUCACUAGAAUAUUCAAACAAAUUAUACGAGGUGUUCAGCUCCCCCUCCUCCGGUCCCCAAUCAAUCAGUAAAUCUAUUUUGCGCUUUUAGUUUUGACGUAUUGUAUUAAAACGACUUGAUGACCUAUAUAUUGUCGUCAGACUUAAAGGUAAGAAGUUCGUACUGUGUCGAUUUCCUGCCCCUCCCUCAAAAUUUUAACAGGUUUUUUUAAACCGCGAUAUUUCAUCUGUUUGCGUCUCGGUUAAAAAUGAAAAUAACGGGAAAAAAAACCAAUGUACACAAACACCGGUAACGUUCUUCGCUCCUGAAAACUAUAAUAGGCCCCGAAAUCGAUUCUGUCGAACGAAAAUUCGUCAUAUGCCGCGCGUUUAUAUAAGACGGAGACAACAAAUUAUAUACUAAAUAUGUGUAUUAUCGUAUACGUUGUUGACGUGUCCUCUUAAAUAUGAUACCGAUUAACAUUGUAACAUUGUGACAUAUAUUAUAAUAUUGUAAUACGCAUAUUUUCCGUGUAAUACACCCGGGCGUUAAUUUUAUUCGUUUGUUUUUCGAUCGAUAUGUGUCUAGUAUAUCGUUCAUUUUUUUUUUUUCUUUAUUUUCGUUUUGUGCUUCGCCCAAGUCACCUCUGUGCCGCGACAAUCCUUGUACCUAUAUAAUAAUACGCGUAGUAUUUUAGUAUUUUUUUCAUAUUUUUUUUCAUAAUCCCGUAGAUAUCGGCUCAAAAAACGCCAGUGCCUAAUAUAGGUCUUAUUGCGUUUUCACGGCACGUUAUUGUUCUCAUAUAUAUAUAUAUAUAUAUAUAAGUAUAUAAAUACAAACAAGGCCGCAGCUGGAACGAAUUUUCGGAGGGGGGGGCGUUAAAAUUAAAUAAUAGUUUAAAAAAACAACGAACAUUUAUCUUAAACGAAAAAAAUUUGAUUUUUUACAUCAUGAUUAUUUUAGAAUAUUUCAAAGUAAAUUUAUAUUAUAUAAAAUUAUUAUUUUAGAGAAUAUUUUAUAACACAAAAUCUAAUAGCCGCUUUUUUCCUUGAUGAAACGAUCGAUAACAUCAUCUGAAUUGAUUUCGGAUACAAAGUAUCAAUACGAGCGAUAGUUUAUUGUUUGAUUACAUAUUAAGUAUUUAUAGACGUUAUAAUAUUAUAAAUAAGUUACUUACAUAAAUUAAAUUUAUUAACAAUAAAAACAUUUCGGGGGAAGGGGGGGGUCAAACCCCCCCCCAUAUACGUCCUUGGAUGCAAGUGUAUAAUAUAUUAAUUAAUAAUACUAUAAAUAGUAUAUAGACAUAUAGUACGUAAAUCAAUAGUCAAUAUUUUACAAGACCUGUGCCUAUAAUACGCUAACGACGUUGUUUUCGUCAUUCCGCAUUCAACGUGAACGGAUCUUUACGUUACGAGUAUAAUAUUAUAUUAUGUCCGUCGAUUGACGGCCAAUCGUUAAUUUCCUAUUACGUUAAUGGAUUUUUUCGUUUUCGGGACAGAGAAAAAAUAAUGUUCCUUCGUACGAAAACAACAAUAAUCAUAAUAAUAAUAAUAAUAAUAACCUGUUGCACCGCACCUGCCGUGUGGCUAAGCGUAAAGGCGUUUCACACCGGGGCCUAAAAUAAUGUGUUUUAGUCGUUUUACGGUACAAAAAUUAGUGUGCUUGCAGUACAUUAUACGAAACGACUCACAAGGUGUGCUGUUCAAAUUUUCAAAACGUAUUGUUGACAAAUAACACUGGAAAUUUGGAAUCGCUUUUAAAAAAAAAAAACAAAACGCCCCUAUAGUUUUACCGACAAACUAUUAUCAAUGCAGUAUUAUUUUUACGAGCGAUAAUAUCACGGUAAAAGCAUUUAGAUAUUUGUUAUAUCUAAAUGUCUCUUAUCUUUUGAGUUGGGGCGUUUCUUUUAAAUUAUUUUGUUACAGACCCUACUAAUUCGAUAAUUUGCCAUUUGAAUUUAGUGUACGCAGUAAACAAAAUCACACUUUGUUGGGCGUCCAAUGGACUUUACUGCGUGUCCAUUUCGGACACGGAUGACCUCGUUGAAAAACGCCCCGGCGUGUCAUUGCCAUUGAAUCGCAUACGUUGUUAUGAUCGCGCACCGUACAACUUUUUUGAAUUUACAGGCCCCCGAUCGGCAUUAUUAUACAAUACGUUUCAACGGUACGUUUAAUUAAAAGAACAGUGUUCGGUAUUUCGAUCUCGAAAUUACGGCGUGCAGUCGCUGUAUCUGCCUGAUGGAAUUACAACAACGCAUUGAAUAACGCGAAAAACGCCAUAUUGUUUAGUUUGCUGUACGUGUAUUUAUUUUUCGUGCUACGUAAAAACGAUACGCGCAUCGCUGACUUUUUAGUAUAAAAUAUAUAUAACAGCGGUCGUUUCGGACUGCACGUCGGUAAACGUAUAUUGAACCGCGCGGCGUGUCCACUUUUCGAAAUUGUUUGGGAGAAAAAGAGUGUGUGUGUGUGUAUGUGGGGGGGGGAAACUACCCCCGCGGGACUCGUCUUUUUAUCGUCCGGCAUUCGGUUGAAUCGAAUCUCGAGUCCACUUUUAGCGCCGAUUUUUUCCGCGGCAGACCGGACGGCUCGCGUUAUACCGUCUCCGGUUUGGAAACAUUCGCCCGACAGCUGUCGACGAAAAUAUCGUUUCGCCUCGGCCGCCGCGUCCCGAGCCCUUCGUACCGAACGACGAGGAGACGGUAAACUCUCGAAACGACGACGGCCGCGAACCGUUCCCUUUGUUUCACUGCCGACACCUACGUGGACGGGGACGGGGCCGGGGGAAAAUGGAAACCCGUUACGAAACGCGCAAGUGCGCGCACGUCGCGCGACGCCUCGUUUCCGUCGACGGCUUUUGCGCACGCCGCGCGUACGUCCGUCAAAACGCCGGCCGCGCAAAACUGCGAAACAAUACUCGCGGCCGAUGAUAACACAAUCGUCAUUAUUAUUAUUGGCAUAAUCAUCCAAUGCAUUACCAAUGGGUAUCGAUAAACAUUUCUGUAAACGUGUUCCGAUCGCACACGCACGCAAGCCGCACGCACGUCAUUGUCGUCGUCGCGUAUGCGAUACAAUAACAAUAUAAUAAUUAUUAUUGUUAUUACGCGCAACGAUAUUAAUUAUAUUAUGUACGCGUUUUACCGGUCCGAUCACGUCCGUCUAAUUACCGUGCGUACAAUAUUUACGUUGUAUUAUGCUCUCGCCGGGCGCCCGGUACAUUAUACACUCGAAUAAUAAUAAUAAUAAUAAUGAUAAUAAUGAUUGCCGUCGUUGUCGUCGUCGUCGUCGUCGGUACACCGUGCGCGCCUAAAGAAAUUCGGCGGGAGGGGCGGGGAAUAAUAAAAAACGAAAAACGUGUGCUGCUGGGUGUAACACGCAACGGCGCGUUUCCGAAUUUUUUUUAUCAUUAUUAUUAUUGGGCGGGCGGGCGGGUACCACGCGCGUUCCUCGCGGUUCCCACACGGAUUUACGGCGGCGGCGGGUCGGACCUUAUCUUCUUAAUCGUCUUCGGCUACCUGUUUUCCGACGGCAGCGCCGGUAGCACUACCAGGUACGACGCAUUAUUAUUAUUAUUAUUAUUAUUAUUAUUGUUAUUAUUAUUACGGUGGUACAUGACGUGUGGCCCCGGGGGCCGCCGGUCCGUUCGUCCGGUAGCCGCGUUUUCGGUCGUAUAUUACCGUAAAACAUUAAUAUUAACGUUAUUGUUGUAUAUUAUUAUUAUUAUAAUUUAUCGGCGUGUAUAUUUAUAUUUUAUUCCGGGCGAACACGCGUCGUCCGCGGGGCCGAAACGCGUUUUCGGGAAAACGACCGCCCCGAACUGGCCGGCCGGGAACUGCGCGUUGUCACCGUGGACGGGUACAGGGGUGGACAGCGGCGCGCACACGACUCUCGUAUGGCAUCGUGUAGGGAGUGAGCGAGGUGGACCGGUUUAAAACGAAUUGUUACGGAACCGAAGUUUCGAAACACGGGCGCCUGCACAUUGAAAUAAUAAUUAACAAAACAUAACGGUAUUUAAUACGUUUUGUUUGGAAAUCAUUCUAGGCGGCGACAGCCCGCGGCCGGUCGGCCACAUUGUAUUCCCGACUCGUGUAAUAAUUAUGUUUUACAUAUUGCCAUAUUGCACGAUGUAAAUAUAAUACGAUUAGUGAUUACUGAUUAUACUAUUAGUCAUUGCUCAUUAGUAAAUUAAUUUUAAUCUUCGUCGUUUUUUUUUUUUUCUUUUCUACGUUUCCUUGCUUUUACGCCCUUACGAAGAACAUAAUUUCAAAACGUUUAAAAAAACUGAGCCGAUUUCACCCCGCGUCUAUCCGCCGUUCCGACUGUCCGAUCGACGCGGCAAUAAUCGCGUCGGGUUCCUCGACUUCUCGGGCCGAAAUCUGAGUUUAAACGCAAUUUAUUGCACGUAUGCAUGGCGAGAAAAUUUCGAUACCGCAGCCGACGGUAAUGGUGCCGGUGUUUCAGGGGGGUGGGGGGAGAUGUUAAAUACGGGAGAACGGGAGCCGUUGAAUUCAUAUCCGUACGCGACGAUAAACCACCAUGUGUUGUUCCGAGCGGAGUGUUUACAGUCGUAAUUUCCCCUUGUCGCCGAGGUUAAUACCCAGUGAUCAUACAAAAAUUGGCCAGUUUUUCCCGUUUAUUGAGAAAAAAAACUACAGGUAAAAUCAACAAAAAAAAAAAAAAAAAAUUCACCUCAUCAAUGCACGAAUUAGUCGACGAAAACAGAUGUCGCAAUUAAGUUUUUGAUCGGCGCAAGAUUGCCGGAAUAAAAGUUAUUUGCGGGCACGGGAAAAAACACCAUGCCACCUAUAGUAAAACCAAAACGUAAUGAAAUGUACCGAGGAGAAUAUUUUUGUGGACGGUCACGUUGGAUUUGUCUCGAAAAUAUCGCCAAAACAGAAAAUUCCGCAAACUAUGUGGAACGUUCUGUCGUUUGUCGUUUCAACAUUUCAGAUCCCGGCGAUUUUGUCGCAAGCCCGGCGGAUCGUCGUACGAAUAACACAACUCGUAUACAUUCAAUGUUACCGGCUUCUAAGAAAGCACUCGUUUUCGAAAAGCUGCCGGAAAAAACGUUCCGGUUGCAGAAAGUACCGUCCGUCGGCUAGGUCCGUUGGUUGAUUAAUCGCGCCUACAUACCUAACCGAUUAUUCGUUUUGAACAUUCUGGCCAAACACGGUAAUCAUUGUCGCAGUUGUGUUGCGCGAAAAAGGGCGUCAAAGGGCGGACGAAUGGUUUUCGACGGUAUUUGAUCGGAAAUUAUUUUCCCCCGCGAUUUCCCACCGCCACUCCCCCCCCCGCGUUUAUCGUUAUUAUCGCGGCGUUAUAUUAAGAUUAUUAUUAAUCGCGGGGCACGAUGUUAUUAUUGCUGUUGUUGUUGUUGUUUGUGGUCCCGUAUUUCAUGUACCGGCCGUACAGCAGGACGCGUUCGGGGACGCGCGAUAUAAUAAUAUUAUAAUAACACACUAGGCGAGCAGAGUAGUAAUAAUAAUAUUACCUGGCGCGCGUACCGGGGAAUGAUGUAUGUACAUAAUAAUGGGUACGUUUAGGCCGGAGGCGUUGUAGUUUCCGGUGAACCCUUUUUUUUUUUUUUUCUCCUCUCUUCUUUAUAAUAUUUAUUAUUAUGUACGUGCGUGCGUACGUGUUUGUGUGUGUGUGCGUGUGCGUGUGCGCGUGUACCUGAGGAACACACCGCACACAGGUCGGGGUGCCCAUUAAUGAAAACGGCGGAGGAAGCGUUCGCGGCGCACGAGCGUUACCGACCGGCCGUGGCGCUCCCCACCCGCCGCCGCGGACGGACCGCUCGAGCCGGGCGAACGCGUCUCGGCGCUGCGGCGACGCGCAACCGGUUUGCCGCAGCCGCGACAUGAAUGAACCUCGUCGGCGCGCACAAUCUUACGGCGGCGGUGGCGGCGGCGGCGGCGGCGGCGGCGGCGGCGGCGGCUACGGCUACGGCUACGACGACGACGGCGACGACGACGAGCAGCCAUUCAUCGUUCGCGGUGCGUACGGUUCUGACACGGUUGCGUGACACUGAAGUUUUCGUCGGUUUUGUUUUUUUUUUUUUUUUUUUUUUUUUUUUUUUGUUUUUGUCGUCCGGACCCGUAACACCGUUCAUCGUUUGUUUUCCUUUCUUCUUCUGCGCGUCCGGUNGUUUAGGCCGGAGGCGUUGUAGUUUCCGGUGAACCCUUUUUUUUUUUUUUUUUUUUUUUUGUUUUUGUCGUCCGGACCCGUAACACCGUUCAUCGUUUGUUUUCCUUUCUUCUUCUGCGCGUCCGGUUUUUCAUUGUCGUAAAAAAUAACCGCACCCCCGACGAUAAAAUAAUCGUAUUGUUGUUAUGAGCCUGUGCGUAAUGUUUUCGAGAUUCGAACAACAACAACAACAACAGCAACAACACCACCACCACCGACGCCAUCAUCAUCAUCAUCCUCAUCACCACCAUCACCUGCACCGGGACGGCCGAAACAACAAGGCGGACAGGAGCCGGCACCUGUGGCAGCCGUGGGUGGAGAGGGCCGGCAACUUUGACGGUGAGAACCGCGAACGCGUGCCGAUCGAAACGAAUCGCGGAUCGCGCGUAAACGACGGUCCCCCCCGCGGUGUAUCGCGCUCGCGACGACAUUGCGCUACAGCAAUAACGCGUAUCGCGCGUAACUCGUCACCCGGUAUAACGUUGUGUCGUUGUUUUUUUUUUAUUUUCCCGCCGGACAAAUCUCGUUACGCAACACAUUAUCGGUAUUAUUAUUAUUAUUAUUAUUAUUACAACUCCCGGUGUUGUAUUGUAUUUUCGGAGAUAAUCGAUCGCCUUGAGUACGUUUUAUUAUGUACGCGCGCGGAUAAUCGUUUUCCCGUAAUGGGGUUUUUGUGCGCGCGAAUAACGUUAUUAUUACCAUUGUAGUAUUAUGCCCCGGCGCCCGCCCGUACAAUAUGCCCGCAAUAAUAAUUAGAACGCGCGCGUGCGGAAACACCGCCCGAGUUAUUGAUUUUCCCGGGUCUCGAUCGAGAACAGUGUGAAAUCAUUCGGCGUUACGUUGUGUAUUAUCACGGGCAUGAUGUGGGGCGCGUGCGGGCAGGUGUAGGAUCACGUCGCCGGCGGAAAAUUCAAUUUCGGACCCUAUUGAAUUUUAUACUCGUUGAAUAUUUAUAAUACUGCGCUCGGGAUAAUAAACAAUUAACGUACAAUAUCGGUUCUUAUAAUGUAUACGUACGGUACGCGUACAGGUAACAAACGGUAUUGUCUACACCGAAUUCUCCGGCUACUGUCCUCGAUUUUUUAAUUUUUUUUUUUUUUUUUUUCAACGACAAGUGAAAACAUAACAUUACGAAUAUCAGGUUAUCGCGCGCGGUGUAUAAUUUGUAUAAUAAUGAUUAUUAUUCUAAUUAUUGUUACGAUCGUUGGUACCUGCCUGCCUGCCUACCGGCUAUGAUAUUAUUAUUGUUGGUCGCGCGUUAUCGUCGAAAAAUCAAACCGCCGUGGUUUUCUUCGCCCGAUGCCGCCGCGGCAAUAAAUAUUAUCAUCGUCGUCACUGUAACACGAUUCACAACGGGUCCGUCCGAGAACGAUGCAGAAACGCGAGGACGGUAAAUUAUACAUGCCGGCGCGACAGGUUGUCGUGCGUGUUGAUUACGGACAUGGUAGGCGUGGGUUUUGAUUUUGACGAUAAUCGCGAACGAAUUUGUCCGCCCCGACGAUUACUACCGCGGAAUUCGAUAACUCAAAAACUGGGGGGAGGCGGCGUUUUAAUUGUUUUCUUGAGAUCCGGAACGAGGCGAGAAGUCUUUCGGUUUUACUGCCUAUGUAUAUAUAGGCUUAUGAUGCGCGCUUUUUUUUUUUUCUGUCUGCGAACCACUUUUCUGCCAGAAAUCUUGCUCCGGUCGUCGAGCGUGUGUGUACGGCGUAUUUUCGAAAGUAAACGUCGCCUAGUCGGCCCAUUGGUAAGGUGAGUUUUUGAUUUUUCGUAUAGUUUGCCCAAUGGUCGGGAAAACCGGGACAGUUCACGCGAUAACGGUUACCGUCGUUUUCCAAAUUUUAUGUAUUUAUUUUUUUGUUGUUUUGUUUUACGCUUAAACAUAACCGCACAGAGACGUGCAAUUUGUACAGAACACUAACAUUGGUCCUUCUCGGACGUGGUCGAAUUUCGAAAAACAUUCACGCAAUUGUCGAGUUAUGGUCCCCUCAUUCGAUGUGUCAAAUAAUCGCACGUCGAUAAUUACGGGUUCGGGGACCAACCGCAAACGCGUUAUAAACUCUCUUCGGUUUGAAGACCGCGAUCGUUUUUCCCCCGCGUCCUUCAACAGUUCCGGCCGACAGACAAAUAACCGACAAUCGUUUGAAUCGUUUGGUUCAUUUGAACAAUUCGUUUCCCGACGCACCGGGCCGGGCGCAGCAGCGUCGAGUCGUAGAGAAUUGUCGUCAAUCGCGCCCAUACACUCGUUGUAUUUACCACGGGUUUCGCAGUUAUCCACGGUGUACGAUCGUCGGGCGCACCUACACGGGUGUUAUGCCGGCCUGCAUGGUGCGGUGUUGUCGCGACGGGACCGGUAAAUAAAUCGAACGCGGGGAAAGAAAAAAAAAUAAACGCGUAAACCGAAAAACGCCGACGGAAAUAAACGGCGCGAGUGGCCCGCGCCACCCGGUCGUAUUGUGCAACGGAACUUUUUUUUUUUUCCGGCCCACCCCCUUCUCCGGUUCGGUCGCCGCGUUUUAGCGUUUGACGCGCGGCGAAACACAACACGUCGCCCAUGUACUGUUCGUUUUGACAAUAAUCAAUUGACGACGCGGACGACUUCUGCGAGCUACGGGCGCCUGCCUAUGCGCGGGCGGGCAGGUACUGUACACUCCGCGUGUGUCGGGCGCGCGCCGUGCGGAUUCGUGCAAAGACUUUGGCGGAACGUUUUUCGCGGACGCAACGUUAAAUUUAUUUGUCUUGGCCACCGCGUAAAACGGCCGUACGGAACAACAAUAUCGAUAACCCUCUGGGUGACACGAACCGCGCAGGCCGCCGACGGUGUUUUCUUCGCGGCCGCGAGUACCGGGCCGCAGCAACAAAGCCGACGACGCGAGUCGACGAGGCCCGCGUUGCCUCCCCUAUACCGCACUUGCUGGCCGUACUCCUAGAACGUCCGCCCCUCUCGGACCGCGGCGUGCACGUUAUUAUUGCGCUCGUUGCGCGCUGCGCUGUAUAAAUACGUAGGAGUGGCGUGUCCGCCGGAUCUUUAACGUCCGUUACGUGGAAACGACUCGUAAGUCGCCCAUCCCCGUCUGGUGUGUAUAAAUAACAUACGGCGUUGUGACAGUAUAAGGACGGCGGGCACGCGUUAAAAUCGGGUAAAAACACGAGCGACGCGGAUUAACGGCAAUGCAGAUGCAUACCUGUUGAAAACGGAGCAUAAAAUGAACGGGAUUCCGUGUACUGUACGCAUACGCACAACCGCACGAGCUCGCGUUUAUAAACGGGCGAACGUGAACUCCCUUGGAAAAAUAGCGACUCGCCGUUUUUUUUUUUUUUAUUCUUUCCCCAAAUUCUGAGCGCAGCGAGAAACGUUUUGGGUUAACUAUGCGUGUUUUUUCCUUCGGUAAUUCCGUGAACCAGUUUUCUACCAGAAAUCUCGCUCCGAUUCUCGAAUAGCGUCUUUUCCGAGCGAGAAAUUUACGUGUAUUUUUUUUUUUCUGUUCAAUUUCGUACGGAAAACCACCUCUAUUAAAACGAAACAAAACCAAUCCCGGUUUACGGUUUUUCUUUUUCGUCGGAUCGACCCGACCGGCAAUCCUCGCCGUUUAUCGACGGACGCGCUCGCACUUAAACGAUACAAUAUAAUUACGAUAGUCGUUAUCAAUCAUUGUCCUGCGCCGGGUCGGCCGUUCAGAGAAACAACGGCGUGUAUGUGACACUGCUGCACGAGUAUAGAAAAUUGCUGCCGGGCAAAUCGUACCCAACCGUGUAGGUAGCCGUAAUAAUUAUUGUUAUUAUUAUUAUUAUUAUUCGUUUUCGAUCGCGCGACAAACUCCGACAGUACAAUUCGGCGAGUGCCCGCGGUAAUAUUACGGAAUCGGAAUGGGGGGGGGGAACCGUUAUCGGUGCGGUACUCACGCGUACAUGUAUACGCGCAUCGAGAAAAGACGGCACAAGAGUCGCGCGGCCGAUUUAUCGGCGUUUUUUUCCCCCCGCACGUUUCGGUUCGAGUGACCACCGUUCGUUCCGACCGAUUUUACGUUUACAACACGGCGUACGAACGGACAAACGUACGGUUCGCGUGACUUCAAUCAAAUCGAACGGGCGUUUCGUCUCCGCCCUAUAUAUUCCGCGAACAUUCGCGCGGAAGUGCACCGACGAGUAUAUUUCCCAGAGACUUUUACGUACCGACACGUUCACGCGAUGCCGAGUCACACUCUUAUUACCAUAACUUGUCGAUGGCGAGUUGAACGAACAAUACGAAUCCGAAGAGAAACUUGGUUUCUUGCUCAGAUUUAUAUCAAUGGGUACAGCAGCGCCAAGGCCCCCCUAUACAGCGAUUACAGCAUGGCCACAAGAUGAAAUACAAGUACUGUUUAAAGGAAAGAGAAUAUUGUACAGGACAAAAGUUAUUUCGGUUGUCUGAUCACUCCUCGCCGUGUACAGCGUCUAUCCGGCGGAGAAAAACGAUUUCUUCUUCCGGCGUAGACGUGUUAUUUUCGUGUAAAGAUCGUACAUUUCAAAACGAUUCGUCUAAUCCGAGUACAUUUACCGGUAAAAUCGACGUCUCUCCGCGUUAUUAUACGGCGAUGUUGGCAUUACACCUGAGGCACCUCUUCCGAACGUCGGCGUCGUUAUAUCGUAUCUAGUUAAUAAAACGACAAAAUAAUAAUAAUAAUAAUAUUAGUAUAUUAAAUGUAAAUCACGAACAGGAAACGUGUACACUUUGUUCUUAUGCCAAGUCCUUUCGUCGACGUCCUUCCGUUCUCGUGCGCACGCGGUCCGGAUGGGAAAACGGAUAUUAAUAUUACUCGUAUAAUAUUAAACCAGUAAUAAUAAUAAUAAUAAUAAUUUUACCCAUUAUACUCGUAUAUUAUUUCGUAUCGGACCUGCUCGGCGGCGAUUAUUAAGUCCUCGUGUCGAGUCAAUUUUACGGAACGAGACGCGCAGAAAAAAAAAAAAAGAAAAAAGAAAAGUAAUAAUAAUCGAAAAACGCUUUGAAACGUCGUCGGUUUGUAUAAAUUAUUAGAAUAGAAAAAAAAAAAAAAAAAAAUGACCGAUCUCCGCUAUAAUAUUGGAAGGUAUUAAGAUUUCGUCCAUAACCGGUGUUGGUGAUGGGUAUCGUCAGAUUUCGCUGUCGGUUUUUCUCUUAUAUUAUCAUUACGACAAAUAAAAAAAAAAAAACAACCGAACAUUCGGGAUUUUCGAAAAAUGUCCUCCCGUUCCGUCGACCGUAGAUCGACAAAAAAAAAAAAUGCUAUCGAAAUCACAAACACUUCUUAUAAUAGAGGGUUUUUGUUGUUUUUUUUUUUCUUAUUCGUACAUGUCCGGUUCAGAGGCGGGCAGGUACCUACCUACCUGUAUAUUAUACAACCGUAUAUUACUAUCGACGGCGAAAUAUGUUAGAGAAUUGUCGUUUUCUUUAUUUUUUUUUUUUUUUUUUUUCUAUAUUAACGCGUCCGAACGUAUAUCGGACUUCUCGACGGGUAGGUAUAACAUUGGACGGUAUUCGAGGAAUGUCUGGAAUUCGGGAUUCCGCUACAUAGGUAGGUAUACCACCACGCGACCGCACGGAACACAUUUGGUAUACCAUAGCUAAUAAUAUAAUAUAUAUAUUUAUAGGCGGGUCGUUUUUUUUUUUUUUUUUUUUCUAUUAUAAUAUUAUUAUCGUGAACCUUAUUAUAACAGGCACAUGUAUCUUAUUAAACACGCGUAUACACCGGAGAACUAUACAUACAUACGCGUUUAUAAUAUUAUGUUUUCAGAACCGGUUAGAUAAAAAAAAAAAAAAAAGCAUAAAUUGUGACAAACACACACACACAGACACACACGCGCGCGCGCGCGCGUGUCGUGCGUUCUCGACGAAUAUCUUCUUGAAAACGCGAUAGGUGUUUUUUUUUUCCUUCCGAAAUACCGUAUUAUAAUAUUAUUAUUAUUAUUUUUUUUUAUUUUCGUAUAGAUCGUUCGAGGUCGUUGUCGCUCAGAUGUUCGGCGAUGGAAGGGACCGUGGGCACAGUCGGUAAAUGGAAGAGGGAGAGGAGACACAGAGCUGUGUGCACGUCGCCGGUGUCACCUCCGCCGUCUUAGUGAGUAUUUUUUUUUCAUUUUUUUUUUUUUCCAAUGCGUAUUCGAAUAUUUUCAAGUUCCAUGUAACCAAUACGGGUUUUGUACAACGCGUGUCGGAAAAAGCGCCACACGAUGCCUACAAACGAAACGACUUGCAGUGUCUACAUAAUGAUAAUAUUAUAGGUAUAGUGCCGUCUAUCUAUCCGAAAACGACCUGUACCGGUCUUUUUCUCCCGCCCGGUAUUCAACCCCGAGGUUGGCUUUGUAACGGUUUCCAUGUUCUUUCCACUAUUUACUAUCAUCGCCUAGCUUCUUCAGUGCUCAGUACUUUGCCAGUCCCGUAUCAGAAAUUACCUUUUUUCGUACAUUACGAUGUUCUUGGUCGUCCCCGGUCUCUUGCCAUUGCAUCCUCCAUUUUUAUUAUAAUAUGUAGACGGUCAUCAUCCGCGUGUCUGAUAACGUGUCCUAUGUUAAAUGGAACACGUCCCGUCUUCUAACUUGAAUCGUACAUACUGAGUACCUUUCUAGUUCAAUGUCCCACGUUUGUUCUCCACGCUAACUAAUUCGUAUCAUUAUUCUUCGUCUUGAAACUAACCAGAAGACUUAGUUCCGACUUGUUCAGCAUCCAAACUUCUCAACCAUAUAAUGCCAUGAUCCAGACAUAUACUUAAAUUAAUUGCAACGGUAUGUCGAAGGCUUAUUUGAGAGGGAAUUGACCCAGGGCGCGGACUGGAGAAUAUUUGGUCCACUGUUGUAAAAGUUCACAUUUUUUCAGUCGAUUUGAUUAGAUAUUUAUUUUAUCAUUCUGCUAAAAAUGUUCAAUUUGAAAAAUGUGAAAAUGUGGACAUCUAAAAAUCCCUUACCUCCAGAUAUGGUCCUCUUGGGUCAAAAUUUUGAAAUAUUAACAGUAAUAUAGCAGUCGAGAUCAAAUAGCGGUAGUGCUACCGGACAUUGCAUCUCGACGUCCUGUUACGCGUAGACAUGUUUGUCGUUAGAUAUUACGUUGUUCUGAAAUUACGUCGACGCGAAGGGAGUAUUAAUAAUCUGCUAUACCCGCACUUUGUCAAAAGCUUGAAAAUAAAAUAAACAACAAGCUUCAUAAAUGGGCCAUUAAGGUAUCAGCGGCCCACUGUUCUACAGCACAGUGGGCCAUUCUCCGGCAAUUAUUGGUACUGACAUUUCUAUAGAUGGGGGGGUUUAUUUGAAGAAGAAUUAAUUAAUAUCAAUUAAAAACGGCCGGAAUCGUAAUGUCCUACGGUACGUGGUAUUUAUGUCCUGCAGACAAAAUAGAAAUCCAAUUGUAUUAAUAAUAUCAAAGACGGCAGAACCAGUGCCGGCGUUAUAUACGUACAUAUUGGCACCCGGCGCAAAACCACGUGUUUGCGCCCCUCUCUCCCAACUGAUCGAAUACAAUUAUUAUUGUUGAGGCGCUCCCCCCUUACGGCUGGCGCCCCGGGCGUAGGUCCCGGUCGGACCGUUUAUUGUAGUUACUGACAUAUUUCAGCCGUUAGGCUGCCACUACACCGACCGACCAUCUAGAACAGACCGAACCAUAUUAUACGUUUGGUGGAGUGCAAACACAAUGAAAAACGUGGUGGAAUUCGCUCUAAUCACUUUUAAAUAUUAUUUUUAGUUUGAGGAACUCUCAGGAGCCGUUAGACAUGACGACGACGGCCAGCAGCGCCGCGUCCAGGGCGCUGCUGCCCAAAGAACGGGCGUCGGUCAUCAUGGCUGCUGCGGCGGCGGCAUCGUCGCCCUCGUCGGUAACAGCGGCCACCGGGCACAGAACGUCGGCGUCCGGCGGCAUCAGCGAUCCAGUCAUCGACGAACAUUUCAGGCGGUCGUUGGGCAAAGAUUACAUGAACGUUUUCGCGCCGGCCGUCAUUGCGCGGCGCGAUCAAACGCCGGCCGCGGAUCCCAUUGAUGUCGCCGGCGGCAGUGGCGAUGACAACGACGUCGACGACGACGACGACGACGACGACGUGGGACUAUCAGGUACUAUUUACGUUGCAGCAUUUACCGCUGAACAUUAGCGCACAUUGUAUGUGAAUUUAGCAGGUUCCAGAAUAAUAUUUAUGGUAUACAGAUUCGUGGGGGGCUUCGCCUCCCACACCCCCUGGUACUAUAAUAAACUACAUCACGAUAAUUUUUAAUUUCUAUACGACCUCAGUUAUAAAUAGAACAUAAUUUUGUAGCUAACUGUUAGAGAUAUAAUUAAUAUAAAGUAAGAUAAUAUGAUUUCUGUUUAAUGUUUAAACGAAAACUGAAACGUACAUUCAAACAAUAAUGUUUUAAUUAUAAAUUCUUGAACCAGUAAUGGAAAAAAAUAAUAUUUUAUCUAAACCAAUACAACUACAAUAAUUUACAAAUAAUUGGUGAAAUAUUGAAAUAUAUUCAGGGAAACUGGGGGUACUAAGCACCCCCCUAUGUCACUGAACUAGGCAGAGAUCAAAAAAAGUUAACGAUUUUCAAAACCAAAAUUCUUAUCCGAUAUAAAAUAGUUCCUAUAUCAGUAAUUUUGAUCAUCUAUAUUGUAGCUUCAUUUUAAUUGUACACCUAUAUUGCUGGACAAAACUUAGGUAGGUAUGAGUAUUUUCAAAAUAAUUUUUCUUAAAUUCUCAUAGAUAUAGAUUUUCAACACUCAGAAAUAAAUAUGAGAAAACUUUUUUUAACACUUUUUACACUUUGUGUAAUAAUUAUGCUAGUUAAAAUAAUAUCUGAAAUAUACUUUAGGACCCUUUGAUACUAUCAUCAAAUCAUUUUUAGGUACUUGUAUUUUUUUUCCUGUUCUUAUAUUUUUUUUUUUUUUUUUUUCAGCAGUGGACGACCAUUUUGCCAAAGCUCUAGGUGAUACUUGGGUAAAACUGCAAAAAGAAGAAUACCAAAAAAAGAGAAAAGAGAGUACUACCACCGGGGGGGAUGGUGGCGGCAGGCAAAAGGUGAAUGUGUACGCGGCGUGAAUGCGAUGGAAAUUGACAGGAAGAUAAUAAUAAUAAAAUGGAGAUAUUAUAUUGUAUAAUUUAAGGGGAUCUGUUAAAAAUGUAUACAGCAGCGGGAGGAGAAAAGAUUGUAAGGCGGUGGGAAAACUGCGUAGACUAUUAAAUUUUAUGUAUAUGUAUUCUUUGUAAACUUUAAACUUUGUAAAUAGAAAUAAAUACAAUAAAAAAAAACAAAAAAAAAAAAACAAAGUAUUUAUGAGACUUCUAUAAUAAAAACACAAUAUUGCACAUUUUUUUUUUUUUUUGUUAAUUUAUUAUUUUAUUGAAAUCUGAAAUCAUGUUUUACAAAUUAAAUAUUCUAUUUUAAAUAUUAUCAACACCUUUGAUUUUAUAUUAAAAAAUUAUAUUUAUGAUAUACUACUGAGAUUUAAGAUUACAGAAUUGUACACUAAUUUCAUAAUUUAUCACACUAUAAAUUUUAAAAACAAUAGAAAAAUAUAAAAAAACACUUUACUUUCUUAAAUGACCUUAACAUUAAAAAAUUAAAAAGAAAAAAAAAUCCAUACUGCGAAUACAUUUUUUUGUUAUUAUAUUAUUUUAAAUGAAUCAAUAAAAUGUCUUUUUAUUAUAAUAAAUUAGCCUAAUGUGACUAGUAAAUAAAAGUAAAUCACUUGAGAAUUAGCAUUUUCGAGUCAAUCAACGAUUGGUAUGGGAGAUGGUCAUUCUCAUCAAAGAGAAUUACAUCAACAACAUUGGCAUUCAGAUUGUCCUGUGCAAAACAUUUUAAAGACACAUUAUAAUAAAAAUAAUAAUGUUUAUGUUUAAUAUUAUUUAUACAUAUUGUAAUAAUACUAUGUAACUUACGACUCCAACGAUUUUCAAAUUUACACCCCUCAACAAUUUUGACAGUUCCUUGGCAACGGCUUGUUCGUCAGUAUGUUCAUUUAUUGUCAGAUUAGCUAGCUGACACUCUAUCGAAAACAUCGGCAAUUCGAAAUAUAUUGGUGGGCAAGGUCUCAGACUGUAGUUAG